UAAAAGGCAAUCGGGAAUCGCGUCUCAUCAUCAGGGAUUCGGACUUGUUCUUUUCUUCGACGACGUCCUGUCAGAAGGCAGUGACGGUAUCGCUAUCCUGCUCUUUUCUCCUUUUCUUACUACUCGUUAUAAGGGCAGCCAGCAAUGCACUAGUUCUGCUGUACCACCUUUUACUGCCAGCCCAUGCAAUCAGUUCUCUCACCACUGCCUCUCACCAUGGAUUCUGCUGACCACGAUUUCUCUCCGGCACAAUGGAAUUCGCAUCGCUUUAGUCCAUCACCGCCCUUUGAGUCGACACAGGAUAUGGAAUAUCCUUCCCCAGUGGGCUCAGUCGCCCCAUCUUUCCAGCAGCCAGCGCCGACGUCGACGUCGACGUCCCCUACAGACGACUUCAGCCAGGUCGAGUCAUCUAUUGGCCCAGAUCGUGUGCUGACCCGACGUCAAAAGGCUGCUCUCGAGGGCAAGCGCUCGUCGUUUCCUGCUGCCCCACGCUCUCCACAAACUAUCCGCUCCCAUACGCCACCAGCCUCGCCUCACCGCGAGCGCCUGUCGAUGAACGUGUCCUCAUUGGGAAACCUUCAGAUGCCCCACACUUACCCAUUGACCCCCGACUCUUCCUCUACCCCGUAUUCACCUGCUUAUGCCUUCCCCCAAUCUCAGUCUCAAUCUCAAUCCCAAUCUCAGAACUCUCAUUCCAAGUCCCCUUCUGACCCUCGUUCUGCGUCUCCUGCUUUGAGCACUUCCUCAUCGUCUGUCUCUGCUUCCUCAAAUCAUCCUCAGUUUGCUCAAUUCCAACAUACUCCAGGCCCUUCUGGUAAAACACAAAAACAACGCAAACAGCGUCUCUUUAACGUCGAUCGCAAGGCCAUCUGUCAAUAUCAUCGACAGCAUCCCGAUGCCCGUCAGGAAGACAUUGCUAUGCGCUACGGGGUUGAGCGCAGCACCAUCUCCAAGAUCCUCAAACACAAAGUCAAAUGGCUCAGCGUCCCCUCUGAUGAAGAUCUCCGGAUCUCGAAGCACCGACCUUCAAAAUUCCCUCUCAUCGAGGACAGGAUGAUCCUGUGGUUAACCGAGGAAGAGACCACCAAAACGGCGCUCUCUGACAUGCGUUUACGCGAAAAAGCCCGUCAAAUUGCUCGGGAGAUUGGCAUGUCUGAAGAGAGCGGAGGAGGCAAUUCGAGGCUACGAGGCCAGAGACCGAGAAAUUGAACGAAAGCGGGCCGCUGCACUGAGGCCUGCAUGCUGGCCGCAAGAACAGCCAACGCAGCACCCGCCGUAUAAUCAGUAUGGUCCUUCGCAGUAUGAAAAUCCAUCGUCAGUAGCCCCCGCAGCCGAACAAUCGUCAAUGUCGCAGCCUUCUCUCCAGCCGAGGUUCCAAAGCCCCGAACUAUCGACAAGGUAUGAUGCUACAACAACCGCUGUGGUACCAUACGAUAAUGGCCCGUCUGUGCGAUCGUCGGCGUAUCCACCUCCAAGCUCUUACCCUGCGCCAGCUCCCA